GUGGAAAAAAGGAAUAGCCAUGGAAUUCGGCAUGUGCUUUUCUUGACUCCAUAGCUAGCUUUGAGCUUCAUCCUCCCUUUUAAAAAGGGUCUUUUCUUUGGAGCUAGAACGCACAAAAACAGCCGCCAAAGGCCAAAGAAAUAUGGGAGCUACGUGCACUCCGAAGAAGCCAAAAAUCAUACUGGUUCCAUAUCCAGCACAAGGCCAUGUGACUCCCAUGCUUAAGCUAGGCUUAGCCUGCCUUAACCAUGGGUUUCAACCCAUCAUUGUAACCCCAGAGUUCAUUCACCAUCGGAUCGUAGCCAACAUGGACCUCAACGAUGAAGUUAGGUUCCUGUCAAUUACAGAUGGCUUAGACGAAGAGGGUCCUCAUGAUUUCUUCGCCAUUGAGAAAGCUAUGGAGAAUAUCAUGCCAAUACAUUUGGAGAGUCUCAUUCAUAAAGUUGAUGCAGAAGAAGAAGGAGAUGGAGGAGUGGUUUGUAUGGUUAUUGAUUUGCUAGCUUCAUGGGCCAUUCAAGUUGCCAGCCGAUGUCGGAUCCCUGCCGCCGGUUUCUGGCCAGCUAUGGAAGCCACUUAUCGGUUGAUCACCUCCAUACCGGACAUGAUCCAGUCGAACAUGAUUUCUGAUACAGGAUGUCCCCAACAUCAUGGAACCAUUGUGUUCUCCCUGCCGAGUCAGGCUUCGCUAUCAACCCAAGAUCUCCCAUGGUUAAUUGGAACCCAAGCUUCAAGAAAAGCAAGAUUCAAAUUUUGGAACAGAACCCUGGAACGUUCAAGAACUCUUCGAUGGCUCCUGGUGAAUUCCUUUCCCCAGGAGUACAUUGAUGAUGAUGAUGAUGAUGGUCAUAUCUCUCCGGUUGACAAUCCAAUUGUUUUUCCAGUUGGGCCUUUGACUAAAGCUCAAUCAAUGGUGAAGAAUCCUAGCUUUUGGGAAGAAGAUGUUAGCUGUUUAGAUUGGUUGGACAAGCAGAAGCCUAACUCAGUCAUCUACGUUUCAUUUGGGAGUUGGGUUAGUCCCAUUGGAGACUCCAAAAUCCAAAGUCUAGCAUUGACACUUGAAUCAUUAGGGCGACCAUUUAUUUGGGUGCUGGCCGAUGCAUGGCGACAAGGUUUACCAAAUGGGUAUUUGGAGAGAGUUUCAAAGCAAGGCAAAGUGGUUUCAUGGGCGUCACAAUUGCAAGUGCUGCAACACAUGGCAGUGGGCUUAUAUCUCACACAUUGUGGGUGGAAUUCGACAAUGGAAGCCAUUCAAUGCCAGAAACUACUCUUGUGCUAUCCGGUCGCUGGCGAUCAAUUUGUCAAUUGUAAAUACAUUGUUAAGGUUUGGAAAAUUGGAGUGAAGAUUAAUGGAUUUGGACAAAAAGAUGUUGAGGAAGCUCUGAGAAAGGUGACAAAUGAUGGUGAAAUGAGGGAAAGACUGAAAAGGCUAUGUCAUAGGACCAUGGGAGAAGAGGCUAAUUCUAGAGUUAUGGCUAAUCUCAAGGCUUUUCUUUUGGACUCAAAAGAAUUCACUUCCCUAGAAGAUGUUAAACAUUUUAGUUUGUAA